CCCUCGAUUCAAUUCAGUCGUGGCGUUUUCUCAAGAAUUCUCAAUUCCCAAAAAAAUAAGAAAUCUCACCGAAUUGGAGAAAGAACACACAUAACAAAGUAGCAGAGAUUUAUUAAAAUGCACACGUACUCAAAAUUGCACCUUUCGAUUUGAGUGGAUGCCCAAAAAACCUUCUACGCUUUUCCAUUCCUUUUUAAUUUUGGGCCAACCCCACUUGUAACUGGAAACACAGAAUCAGAACAGGAGGGAGUAGGUUUGUUGGGGCACUUAUAUUUUGCAGAUCCAAGCUGAUAUCAAGAGUUGGUUUAUUUGAAGAAAGUACAGUAUCAAUGGGUAAAGAUGAAUUUGCUCAUCGGAAACAUGGGCUCUUGAAAAAUCAAGUUCGGAUAGUUAAGAGGAAUGACUCAGACCGCUAUGAGGUUGCUCCAAUUCCUGAUAAUUUGUCUUUUGAGAAAGGGUUCUUCGCCGUAGUUCGUGCUUGCCAGUUAUUGGCACAAAAAAAUGAAGGACUCAUAUUAAUAGGAGUAGCUGGUCCCUCUGGAGCUGGGAAGACUGUGUUCACAGAGAAGAUACUUAACUUUAUGCCAAGCAUUGCUGUCAUUUCAAUGGACAACUACAAUGAUGCAAGUCGAAUUAUAGAUGGAAACUUUGAUGAUCCACGCUUGACAGACUAUGACACUUUGCUGAAAAACAUUCAUGACCUCAAGGAAGGGAAGCCAGCUGAUGUCCCAAUAUAUGAUUUCAAGUCCAGCUCUCGCACGGGAUACAGGACAGUUGAAGUUCCAAGUUCUCGCAUUGUGAUUAUAGAGGGCAUCUAUGCUUUAAGUGAAAAACUUCGUCCUUUUCUGGAUCUCCGGGUGUCUGUGACUGGUGGUGUUCACUUUGACCUUGUUAAAAGAGUUUUACGAGACAUUCAACGUGCUGGACAGGAACCAGAAGAAAUAAUACACCAAAUAUCUGAAACAGUGUAUCCAAUGUAUAAGGCAUUUAUUGAGCCUGACCUGCGCACUGCCCAUAUAAAAAUUAUCAACAAAUUUAACCCAUUUGCUGGAUUCCAGUCUCCUACUUAUAUUCUCAAGUCUACAAAAAAUGUGACUGAGGAGGAAAUCAAAGCUGUCAUGUCCAAAGAUCAUACAGAAAGCACUGAACAGACAUACGACAUAUAUCUUUUGCCUCCUGGUGAAGAUCCAGAGAUCUGCCAAUCUUACCUGAGGAUGCGCAAUAAAGAUGGAAUGUAUAAUCUCAUGUUUGAGGAAUGGGUCACUGACUCUCCAUUUGUCAUAUCGCCAAGAAUAACAUUUGAAGUUAGUGUCCGGCUCCUCGGUGGAUUAAUGGCUUUGGGAUACACAAUAGCUGCCAUUCUCAAACGAAGUAGCCAUGUCUUUUGUGACGAAAGGGUCUGUAUAAAGAUCGAUUGGUUGGAGCAGUUAAAUCGUCAUUAUCUUCAGGUACAAGGUAGAGACCGCCUUAUAGUAAAAUGUGUGGCUGAUCAGCUUGGGUUGGAUGGUUCAUACGUUCCAAGAACAUAUAUCGAACAAAUACAGUUGGAGAAACUCGUAAACGAAGUUAUGACAAUGCCAGAUGAUUUGAGGACCAAGCUGAGCUUAGAUGAGGACUACGCCUCGAGCCCAAAAGAAGCGUUUUCUCGAGCCUCAGCAGAAAGGGCAGCAGCAAGUACGAAACAUCUUAGGAGUGGCUUGUCGCAUUCAUAUUCAUCAAACAGGGAGAAAAACCUAACCAAGAUUGACAGAAGAUUCGAGGAUAGGACAGCGGACUCACAAGCGACGUUAACCAAUCAGGGGGCUGCAGCACAGCUUUCAGAACAGAUAUCUACCCUUAACGACCGUAUGAAUGAUUUCACAUCUCGUGUUGAAGAGCUAAAUUCCAAGUUGAUUAGCAAGAAAGGUUCACCCAGUUCGCAAAACAUAGCACAAGCUGAGUUCCCUAAUGGUUCAGCUCCGACUUCUUACUUCAUUUCCGGGCUAGAGAAUGGAUCCCUAACUGGAUCCAUGAUGCCUAAUUCUUUGUCCUCGUCUCAUUUAUCAAAAGACGUGUCGUUUCUUGACGAGCUAACAAGUAUAGCACGAGGCCAACGCCAAGUAAUCAUUCAGCUAGAGAGCCUCAGCAGUCUUCUCCGUGAAAAUCUGGGGGAGAGAUCGGGUCGUGACAGAAGGCGCAACAGAGGUGAGAUUACAGGUAACAGUUCGAGUAGGGUUAUCGCGAUUUUGGCUUCAGUGGCAGUUGGUGGUCUGGGAAUAUGUUUGUUCAAGGGCCUUUCGUCGCGGAAUUGAGUAAAAUUAAUUCAAAUUCGACAUGUACAUUUUAGUUUAUGUCAUUGAUUUCCCCAUGCUGAUUGUUUUGCACACUGUUGCCCUUCUAAUCGGGAGUAUAGCCUUGAAAUUGAGUUAAGUAAUAACUGAAGGGUGUGGUGUGGUUGAGCAAAUUUUGUACGUGUGGGAUUAUUAUAUCUUAUGCAUUUUUAUUAUAAUGGUAAAAAGGUGAAAUUGACACAAAA